AUGAGAUUCUCUUACCACCAGCGCCAAGUCACGUUCUGCGUAAACGCGCCUCCAAUCAACGGUCCUACUACCGAGGCGACGGCAAAAGUGGCAGACAGUGAACUCGUCAUCGCCGGUCUUAUUCGCGGUCUCGAAGAUAGAGAAAUGAUGAUAAAGCAUCCUGCAAGGGUGCCAGCGCAGCCAGUGCCCGUGACGGCGCGCCCGGCGAUGAAAGCACUGCUAUUUGGUAGACGCUUACCGCAAAUCGAUUAUCAGACUGCCCACCUCAAAGAUGAGGAUGCCCAAGAGGUAACUGCGAAGUGGGAGAAGCUCGUCGGCAGGGCAGACGAACAGGUCCUCAGGCUGUUCGUCAUGCUCAGAAAUCCGCCAAAGCACUACCAUAAGUAUGAACCACGAACGCCUUAUCGACUUUACCACACGAUGGCUCCUGUACACGACGACUCUAUUCUCUUUAUGAAUCACGUAGUCGCCGGGGCGAAACUGUUCGCUCCUAUCAUGCCUGCUGACCUGGGUAAGGUGUGGCAUGAGUAUCUCGCACGACAAACCAAGGGGUAGACUUCAGCUUGUUAAACCGAAAAUGCUACUCAUCUCGGUUUGCUUAGUUGGUGGUGACCAAUUCCUUUCAUCUAUAGGCUGGCAAAUCGGCACGGCCCUUGCCUUCAGCUCUCUCUGGAACCUAGGUAUCUUAUCAAAAUGGAGAGUUAAACAGAAGCCUCGGUGGCGUUUGUCAUGUAUGUAGGCCGGGUAGGUAGGUAACUAUCAAGUAGGUAAAGCUCGGGCCAUUACCUAUACUACCCCAUACCUCCUUUCCUUCUAUGCCAAUAGCCUUAUGUACUAAAAUAAGCUUAACUCUGGUAUGAAAAUAGAAUCUCGCAGCAUCCGUAUAAGUGAGUUUUACAAUACCGGUACCUACGCCUUAGACACUUUAUGAGAUACACAGUACAUAU